UAUCCAUCUAUGAGUCAGACGUACGUAUAAACAAUAGGUGAGAUAAAUUUCUUUAAAAGUAAUAUUACGAAAUGGUGAUUUAAUUACGUGUUCCCUACUAAUCACAUGACCUUCAUUGAAACGAAAAAUAAGUAUGAGAAGUACCAAUACUUCUUAAAAUUAGUUUAGAUAGAUCUCCAAAUAUACUAUUUUUAACGUAUAAUCUGAACGUAUAUAAUGGCUGAUGACGUCAUUACGCAUGUAUGCGUCUAUGUGUGUAUCUGAAUGGCCUAAAAUUAAACAAAAUUUGCUUAAAGUGAAACGUUGUUUAGAACAUGUUUAGAUUCGAUUCGCAGUGAAAAAUAACACAAGGUUCGCAAGAGCGAUUUAUCAGUUCAAUAUUAGUUUUUUUAUAAAGAGUGAUACCUAACAAAGUGAAAACUUGUACGAAGUGAGUGAACAUCGACGAUAAAUAAACCGUCGUUUCUACAUGUAAAGUUAUCCUAAAAUAAACACAAAUAAAGGACCACAAACAGACGUGAGACGUGUGAAAUGUAAUUUUAAGUUUUGAAUGAUCCGUUGGUAUAGGCCCAAAAUAAUGCGAACGUAAGUUUAAAGCGAGUGUUCGUUUAGAAAACAGUACCGAACUUUUUGCUGUUACUUUCGAAUUAUAAACUAAACAGUGUAGAUUAUAAAAUAGAUAGUCGCAGUUGAAUAUCAAAUAGACUUUUUUGUUUCUUGUUGAAUACAAAAAAAUGGAUCUUCGCUCUAGAUCUAGAUCGAAAACGCCUUAUUUGACGGAUUCUUCGUUUGAAAAAGAAGUUAAUAAAAUUGGGAAUCGCAUAUUGGAACGCACAGUAACAACACGAUCAACAAGAAGUGGCACAAGGGUAACUAACGAAGAUACCAAAAUAACUAAUAUUGGUCAAAAUUUUGAUUCGAUAACUACAGUAAUACCUAAGCAGUCUGCUAAUAAAAUGAAAAGCACGAGAUCUGAAAGAACUUUAAGAAGUUCACGCUACAAAACUUCUGAUUAUUCUUCAGAAGAUGGUGAAAACGAUGUUUCCACAAGUCACACUGUAGACCAAAAUGUACAAAAUCAACUAAUAGAAGAAGCAAGAAAGAGAAGAUCUGCUAGUAAUAGCUCUUCAGCUUCCCAUAUAUCUGCCCUUGAUGUUUACAGGGCUGCAGGAGAAUAUUGGAAUAAAUACCCGAAGACCGAUUGGACUUAUUCCCGCAGUUCGAAAGAUAGAAUUGAAAUAGCGCCAGGUGUAAUUGCCAUGCCAAACAUGUCCCGCAGAUCAAUUCAUAGUAACGAUUCAAAUUCCGAUUAUUUGUCAGAUAAACAAACUAACACUUCAUUUUCGCUGGAAGAAACCGUGGACGAGGGUAACGGCUACAGGCGAAAAUAUUAUUCGGAUAAUUACAGUUCAAAAAUUAAACCUCGAACAUUAUUUUCUAGAAGUAAUAAUAAUAAUAAUAAUCAGUAUGUUUCGUCUAGAAGUUCCGCAACAACACAUAAGAAUGUUUUUUAUCGAUUUUCAUCAGUUUUUACCAGUAUAUUUUUCACAAUUUUUAAUUUUAUUUCUACCAUUGGUUAUGUUCUGUACAAUACCCAUAAUGCGGUUUAUGUUUGGUUUGGCAAAAAAAUUCACAAGUUUGUCAGUAGAAUUAUGUUGAUAGACACCUGGUUGCUUCAGUCCGUCAAUACUAAAAAGAAGAUUUCGUCUCUUUUGGCCCUUUGCUUGCUACCUUUACUGCUUUUAGGAGGGUGGUGGUUGUUAUCUGGACUAAGCUACACUCUCUACAACAACUUUGUGAACUUGACCAACCCCGCAAUAACAACAAGUAAAAUUGCAGAAAAAUUUACGGUAGACACACAACGAAUUAUCAAAAGGGAUGCCGAAUCUCAAAAAGAAGAAUACCAUGAUUUGGGAUCGAAGUUAGAAAAAGCUGUUACUAUAAAAAAGAAAAUUGUAGUAGAGCACCCGAGUGCGUCUGAAAUAGCUGCCGAGUUAUCAGAAGAACAAUUAGAAGAAAUCGGUAACUUGUUAAAAGACAAAUUACACAAUCAGGAAAAUGUUAUAAUCGAAAAAAUACUUCGUAGUCCUUCAAUGCAAAACAUUAUUAAUGCUUAUAACGAAUUGAAUGUUAAAGUAGAUGCCAAUGAAAAAUCAUAUUACGUAAGCAAAAUUGAAUCAGAUAUUCACAUUGACAGUGAGCUUUUCGAAAGGCAACGGAAAGCCAUCGAAGAUCUCGAAAGUGAUGUACGAAAAAUGAAAGCCGAAUUCUUGAUGUUUGAAAGAAAUCAAGACAAAAAGCUGUCGUUGCUUAUAUCUCAACUAAAAGCGGAGAAUAUGCAGAACAAAGUAAAAUUAUUAUAUGAAUUGAAAAGGUGUUGUCGCAAUUCCUUUGUCCAAAUGGAAAACUACGUAGGUAGAAUUUUAGGGAAGUUGUUAGGAGCUCCACAUUUGCUAACAAACGAAAAAGAUAUUUCAAAGUGGCUCCAUUCCAUGUUUGUGGCGAAAAAUGAUUUAGAAUCGCGACUUGCAAAUCUAACUCAAAAUUUAAAAUCAAAUUUCGAUCACUUGAUUGAAAACAGUGGCCACGUUAUAAUGGAUGAUGUUACCACAAAAAUUUCCGACGAGCUUCAUGACAGACUUGAAAAGCUCGAACAAACCAUGCAACAGAAAGAUUUUCGGGGAGAAUUAACCGUAGACACGCUUACAGACGAAUACGUUAAAGGCAUAGUAAAAGAAGUUUUGGAAAUUUACGAUGCCGAUAAGACAGGGUUAGUCGACUAUGCCAUGGAACCCUCUGGUGGUCAGGUGUUGUCAACACGCUGCUCAGAAACGUAUCAUGCAGGUACCGCAGUCAUAUCGGUACUUGGUAUCCCGUUGUGGUACCCCACAAACACCCCCAGAACUGUUAUCACACCAGGUGUAAAUCCUGGCGAAUGUUGGGCUUUCCAAAACUUCCCUGGAUUUUUAGUCAUCAAACUGGCUGCGCCAAUUAAAAUUGAUGCCUUUUCGUACGAGCACAUUAGUAAAAAGUUAAUGCCCAAUGGUAAAAUUGAUUCGGCUCUUAAAGAUUUCGCCGUUUACGGUUUGAAAAACGAAACCGAUACAGAACCAAUACUAAUCGGUACGUAUCAUUAUGAUCACGACGGUCCAUCUUUGCAAUAUUUCGCUGCCGAAAGUCACGGACUCACAUUUGAAAUUAUUGAACUAAGGGUGUUUUCCAAUCAUGGUAAUCCCAACUAUACGUGUUUGUACAGGUUCAGAGUUCAUGGAACCGUUACUGACAACCCCACGUGAGAGUUCUUUUUCUUUCUGGUUUUGAAUUGUGUCUGUUAGUGUGUUUUUCAAAAUGGUAAAAAAUUGUGUGUUCUUUUUUGAUGAGGCUUUAUUUUCGGAUUUAUUCACCGCACUUCAGUAUACAUUGCAAAAAAUCGGUUACGG